CCGCCGCCACUGUGAUUUGUUUUGAAUUCAUGUGUCAUUUUCUACUUACGACUACUUGAUUUUGCCUUUCUUUAUCUGAUACAUCCGCACUGUAAUGUUUGUUGAUACUACCAAUAUAUACAUUAACUUUCCAGCAGGCAAUUCAGUGUAAUAGUGCAUCAAAGCAACAAGUUUAUUUAUAAGAAAAUGGAUGAAAUAUUUGCUAACAUAAAUGGAGAAAUAAACAUAAAGGAGUACAAAAAAGAGUACAUGUGCCAUUUAGAGCAUUUACGUGAUAACAUUUUUAAAAGCUUAAAGAAAGAUGCAGUUUUUUCAAGACUAUAUAAUGGCGUGUAUCUGAAAGGAAGUUACGGCGACAACUUGAAAGUAAAGUACCCUGACGAGUACGAUCUGGUUUUCCGCCUUAAGCUACCAGAAAGUCAUCGAAUUAUUGUUGUAAAGGAUCGAAACGUACCAGGAAAUGUUAUACUAGAUUUGACAGAAGUGUUCCGAACUAUUGCAAACCAAAAGCAACAUGCUGAUAUCUUUAAAUAUUUGAAAAAAUGGGUAACGGACAAGAAUCUACUUUCAAUAAAACUACUACAAAGUUGGCUAGAACGCUGUUUUACCAAAGCCUUGGACGAUCUAAACAAGCAAAUUAUCUACAAAAAUAUCGUAUCAACUAUAAUCUAUAGAAAGCAAGGUCCAGCACAUACGAUCUUUAUCUAUACCCCCUACAAAUAUUCAGUAGAUUUCGUGCCAGCGAUUGUUUUGAACUCUUCGCAAGCUGUGUUAAAGAAUAUCCCGGGCAAUUGGGACGCUGUGCCCAAACCGCUAAAGGAUACACCAAGCAUAACGUCAUUUCGAGCUUCAUAUGACUCGCUCGAGAAUGAAAUUAUAAAAGAUAAAAAAAAUUUAAAAAAUGCGCUGAGGAUUAUGAAAAAAUUUCGCGAUAGACAUCAAAAUAUGAGCAACUUAAAGAGUUACUAUAUAAAAACGAUAUUUCUAUGGAGAGCAUCAGCAGAACCUACUUGUUUUUGGAAUAAGUCCAUAAAUUUCGUUAUAAUGGAAAUGUUUAACGACUUAAAAACGAGCCUUGUGAAAUGUAAGCUUCCUUACUUCUGGGAUGCUGGCUUAAACUUGUACGACAAAAUUGGUGCGCCCGGAUUAUUAGAGAUGAGAAAAUGUGUGGAGAGUAAAGUAGUUGCUCUCGAAAGGUAUCAAAGAUUGCAAGUGAAAACAGAUAAUGAUGCUUACAAGGUGUAUGAAAUAUUCCUGACCGAAACGGAACGAAGGAAAAUGGGUAUACAAAAAAUCAAAUCACCAACUGUAGAAGACACAAGAAAGGAUUCCACACAACCUAACGAAAUAAAAAGCCAAAAUGACUCAAAUAUGUCUAAAUGUACAAUAAGUUAAAAUGUAAUCGUACUUUAAAAAGCAUGUAUCCUUCAUUUGGACCGGACCGAACUUUAUAUACACGCGCACAUCUUGGUAAAAUUUUAUUUCGGCUGGCUGUUCAUUUUUGGAAUCAAACAAACUCAAAAACAAUAAGAGUUAUAGCUCGUAACAUCAGAUGGAUGGACGCAAAUUUAGUCUUAACCUAUAAAAAGUGGGAUUGGUUUCUAUUCGGUAUCAAUGCAAUUCAUGACGCAUAUAAAUGAGGAGGGAAUCAAAACAUGUACCAAAUUUAACCGAGUUUUAUCAAGUCGUUAUCGAGAUACAUGCAUUUAUCCAAAAGUGGGCGCGGUACUCCCCAUUUUUUCAAAAUUUUAUUAACAACGUUUUUCUAUUGUUGGAUUCAUCAUUUGAGUAGUUUCACUUCAGUUAACUAUAGCAAUAAGACAGUUCCGUAAGAGAAUAGAAAAAAUAUUUACCUAGAUUAAAAUAUUUAAAGGCUAAGCAGUUCCUAUGUACUUUUCCUAUUUAUCUGCGACCAUAGUAGCCUAGCUGUUUCGCAUAAUAAUAAUAAUUUAUAAUUUUACUAUCUGUAUCCAAUGCACGAGACUUCGACCUGAAAGAUCUUUUGUGUUCUGUUACAUAUUUUAGGCGUUGUUUUUACUUAUAUAAUUGGCUAGCACUACUAGUAUUAAAUGUGUUACAUCAGGUUCUACUUAAUCUACUUAUAGAUGUGCCCUGCCUCAGACUUUUGACCCAUACUGUUGUCUCCUUAAAUAUUUUACAUUCCUUUUUUUAACAUCGCGUAUUGGAGAUUAUAUCGUCCUACAUUGAGAAAUUCGUCUGUACCCAAGCACAUCGAUCAGCUAGUAGGAGUAGAGCAAAAACAACAAGGCCAAUGUGUUUUGUUUUUGCUUUUGGUCUAUAGAAAGUCUAAAUAUAUAAACAAAGAUUGACAGUUUAGAGUAAUUCAAAAGGAAUUUUGUCAUGCUGUACUAUUACUAUCUUUUCAAUGUGCCUUGGCUUGUACUGAUUACUGACAUGCAUAUAUAACUUUUAUUUUUAUUUUCAAAAUUGCUAUCAAUUGGCAAAUGGAGGUGACUAUUGACCAAUUUCACUUAUUUUGCAUAGGUGACUUUAUUUGCUCAUAUAAUAUAUAUAUAUAUAUAUAUAUAUAUAUAUAUGUAAUUGGCGCGUACACCCUUUCUGGGUGUUUGGCCGAGCUCCUCCUCUUAUUUGUUGUGUGCGUCUUGAUGUUGUUCCACAAAUGGAGGGACCUACAGUUUCAAGCCGACUCCGAACGGCAGAUAUUUUUAUGAGGAGCUUUUUCAUGGCAGAAAUACAUUCGGAGGUUUGCCAUUGCCUGCCGAGAGGCAACCGCUAUUAUAAAAAACUUUUUUCUUAAUUUUUGGUGUUUCACCGAGAUUUGAACCUACGUUCUCUCUGUGACUUCCGAAUGGUAGUCACGCACCAACCCAUUCGGCUAUGGCGGCUUGCUCUUAGCCAAGUACUUUCUGUGCGUGUUGUUUGUAUAGUUGUAAAAAGCUGUGCAUUUGUAAAGGGUGAUCAAUUUAGAGGUAUCGGAUUUUAAUUUGAAAUAAAACAACAAAAAUUCAAAUUGUUGGGCAAUCUUUAUUAUUUUUGUGUGUCAUGACAUUUAUGUUUUAAAGAUAAUCCCUUUCAAAAGAUGACUGCAACUGCACCGUAAUUCGGCUAUCCGCAAACAGCGACUUUGAAUGACUCGCUAGAGGACUUCGGUCGGUAUCUCGUGAAUAACUUUAGUAAUGUUGGCUUCCAAUGUCUCAAUCGAAGCUGGUUGGUCCACAAAGCAUUUAGACUUCACAUACCCCCACAAAUAAAAGUCCAAAGGUAUCAUAUCACACGAUCUCGGUGGUCCGAAAGGAGAGAUAAAUUGCUCACCGAAAUGACGACGCAGUAAAUCCAUUGUUUCAUGGACAUUACGGCGAGUAGCACAGUCUUGUUAGAUAAUACCCCACCCGUGUUUUAGAGAUCACUGGUGUCAAUUUCCGGCAUGAAAAUAGCGUUCGCCAUUCACUGUUACAUUAGCGCCAACCUCGUCUUUGAAGAAAUAUGGCCCAAUGAUUCCUCCAGCCCAUAGGCCGCACCAAACGAUUGUUUUCAAUGGAUGUAAUGGCUAUUCUUGAAUAGCUCGGGUUGCUUUUUUACCUAGCUUUUUGCUUAUUGACGUAGCCAUUAAGCCAAAACUGGGCCUCAAAGCUGAACAAAAUUCGAGUCCCAAAAUGUGGAUCUUCGACGAGUUUUUCAAGAACCCAAUGAUUGGAAUUAUGACACUUUGGAAGAUCGGACUGCUUCAAGUUUUGGACUAGCUGUACUUUAUACGCUUUCAAACCAAGAUCUUUGCGUGCAAUCACCAUAAGUUGUUGAGAUCGGCUUCGAAUCGAUUCUUCCGGGUCUUCGGCAAAAUUCUCAUUUACAGCCGCAAUAUUCUCUUCAGUUCGGACUGUAAGUGGUUUAAUCGGUGUAGUAUCAUCCAAUGAUCCAAUAAUGUAAAAUUAUUUUCAAUUUUGCCGAUGGUUUGCCGAAUAGUGCGUUCGAUAGAACGGCUAUGUACAUCAUUAGUUGGAGAAUUUGUCGAUUUGUAAACGUUGUUAAGACGUAAAUCUUUCCAUGAUGAAAUGUCAAUGAAUACUAAAAAAAUUAUGUAUUUAGUUUGACAGUAGUCACGCGGGGUCCGUCAAAAAACCCCUAUUGGAAAAAGUACCUCUAAUCUGAUCACCCGUUACAUAGACCAACAUUCGUUAAGACAUCACAAUUUACCUUUGAAUUAUUUGUUGUAAACUUGUAUAUAGAACGUACAAACAGACUUAUCGACGGAAACAAAAUUAGAUUUCAUUUAUUUUCAAAUUCAAAUAUUUUUAGUAUCUAUAGUCUAUAUUUCUAUUGUUCAAACCCUCCCUCUUACGAAACUUAAGCAAUUUUUAAAAUUACCGUUACAUGGUCAUGACAUAAUUAUUUGCCUUAGUCUAAGUAAAACUUUGGUACUACUAAACUUGGUUACCGUGCACGUAGACGGACAGCAGAUAAUAAUACAUUUGGUGGCCAGUUGUAAGAACCUAGUGGGUAUAAAUAUAAGAAUAAUAUUGUCAAAUACAUACAUUUGUAAUAGUAUUAAGUUUUUCGCAAAAGUUUAUUAGGAGAUUUUGAAAUCUGAAAAAAAUAUUUUGUGAUGAGGCUAAUUAACUCCCCUACCCACACAAGCAAAUGCAAAUCGGUGCAAUCCGUGCCAAAAUUUGAGGGCCAAAAUAUGAGGGCAUUGGUAAAAAAUAGCACGGAUUUGCACUUGCAAAGCUACUGACCACGAAAUUAUUUAUAUAAUAUAUAUAUAUAUAUAGGCCGGGUCGAUUUGUGGGGAGGCAAAAAAAUCGCCCAUUGCUUUGUGAAAAUCAUAUUCUAGGGAUCAAAAUAAGAAACUUUGCCGAAGGAACCAUACCUCUAAAACGAAUUCUGAUGUCCCCCAAUUUGGGUCGAACUUUUAGUGUCUUUUGUGGGGAGGCAAAAAAAUCGCCCAUUGCUCUGUGAAAAUCAUAUUCUAGGGAUCAAAAUAAGAAACUUUGCCGAAGAAACCAUGCCUCUAAAACGAAUUCUGAUGUCCCCCAAUUUGGGUCGAACUUUUAGUGUCUUUUGUGGGGAGGCAAAAAAAUCGCCCAUUGCUCUGUGAAAAUCAUAUUCUAGGGAUCAAAAUAAGAAACUUUGCCGAAGAAACCAUGCCUCUAAAACGAAUUCUGAUGUCCCCCAAUUUGGGUCGAACUUUUUAGUUUCUUUUCUCAUGUAAAGGCCAAAAAUGGUGAUAUUUUGAGAUGAUUGUAUGGGGAACCCCCCAGGGGAGUUCCAGGGGGUGUGCCACUGGCAUGGGUGGAUCGGCCGUCCAAAGUUAGUGGGGGUCGGUCAUACAUUGUUUGUAAAAGUAAAAACAAAGCUAUCGAGCAAGAUUCGCCGCUAGCCAGUAUGGCUAUAGCUCAUUAGACUGGUAUAACUCACUGUCGUACAAACAAAUGUAAUUUAAGGGAGCUCAAUGACUGCGUUACUUCAUCUAUUUGCCACUUGCUAACUCUUGGCGAAAAGAAGAGGCCUUAAGACUAAAACUUAAAGACAAUUACAACGAAGUUCUUUCUUAGAAUUGUAAGCUUUAAUUAUAAUGAAUUUUUUACUGAAAACUAGAUCUCAUUUAAGUUACCCGUAUAAUGACACCCAAUUUCAGUAGAAAAUACAUGUGGAUGGCGCAAAAUUAAUCACCCUGUCGGAAGAUUUACUAUAUCAUUUUUGCAACUAGCAACAAUCAUCUAUUUAUUAGCAAGAAAUUUCUCUAUAAAUAAUUACAUUACAUGAAUAAGGCAACUGGAACUAUCGGCCUUACGUCAGUUUUAUUUGACACUUAUGAACUGACAGCUGCAGUAUAGACAGUAGAGACAAGCAAUGGAGUGCAUAAAGUCAAAACUAAGAUUUCCUUCACUAAAAAUCAUUUGUUUUUUUUUAUUAAAAAAGUUAUUCAAAAACAAAGUUAGAUGAUUAAUUUUGCGCCACGUUACAUUUUAUUUAACUUACAAACUUUGUGAUGUAUUUUGGCGACCUUUCUGCCAAUUUGUGUUGUGUGCCUUAAUAUUGUUCCACAAAUAGAGGAACAGUUUUGUACAGUGCCACACAGAUUACAAGAUCUUCACGCCAUUUGGAGCUGCCAAAAGCCCGAGAUCAUGCUCGAUUAUUAAUGUAAUAAAAAUAUAUGUAAAAUAAAGUAAAUUUCAGGGAUACAACAA